AUGGGUCGCAAAGAAACGCUUUAUCUGCAUACAUUAAAUUGCGACACAAUGGCUCAACAAGGCAUUAAAGUGCGCCCGGUGCUGCUGAAGCGGAACAGCUUGGAUUCAGUAGAUUUUCGGAGGCAGCCCCACCAUCGCAGGAGCAAAUCUCAACAAGUUCGAUUCAAAGAUGAUGGAACAGACAAUCCACCAUUGGCAGAAUCAGAUCUGGAGACAGCGGCUGCUCAAGGCUCCUGUACACUGGAUAAAAUACAAGCACCACACCCCCACAACCUAGUAAACAAUUCCCUUUGUUUCUCUCCAUCUCACACAGGAUUACAAAAUAUUGCCAUACAGACUUCUCCUAGUCUCAGAAAGCACUUUCCAGUAUUUAAAAAGAAAAAAAUUACAACAAGUAAGUCCUUAACUGAAAUGCCAAAGGAAUCUGAAUAUUCCAUUCAAGUCAAUGGCAAUCUUUCUGAACAGGAUGUCAUCUCUUCCAGUCUCUCUUACUUAAGUAUCAGCCGGCAUUUAGAUGAUGGACCAAGAGCAGCCACAACAGCCAAUCUGCUGUUUCAAAGGGUGCCUAAAGCACAAAGCAAUGGGCCUAUCCAUUUGGGUUCAGAUAAAUUUGCAAUACUGGAAAAAGCAACUGUUUCUACCCAGGUGCCUGAAUACACACACCCGGGUUCUGCACAAGACCAUUUUUCCAUAUAUGGCCCAGACCCACAAAUGGAUUUAAGCAGCUCAGUUCAUUCUUCUACAGCUCUGAGACAAUCUGACGAAAACUGUUCAGUGCAUACAGGAUCAGAAAAAUCUCUUCCUGGUGUUAGCUGUAACUGUAAUGAAACUAAUGUGGGUCAUGGUUCUUCUGAGGAAAAAAACUAUACUGAGCUACUUGCCUGUAGUGAUGCUGCUGCUACUAAGGAAACCAUUCCAUCAUCACCUCCAUUAUGCCACAGUUCAUUACACUGCUCCCUCAGAGAACAUCAGCAACCAAUACAGCAGAAAACAGACUCUGACCAUAAGACACUGACUAAUAAUAACCAAACAAUCAUGUCAUUAACAAACAACAAUGCAUUACCUUCUUUUCCCUCAUGUCAAACUGAAGCAGAGAACAUUUCUACCAAUACCGAAGUGCCACAGUGUGACAACUACUUAGAAGGAUUUCACAUAAAUGCCUACCUUCCAGAGACUGAAAUAAAACAACAGAGCAAAGACAUUAAAGAAAUUAAUCAAAUCCAUUUGGCCCAUAGCGAGCUGUGUGCCCUACAAGAUAGGCUCCAGUCUGUUGAGGAGUCUUUGCAGUCAAACCAGGAGAAGAUUAAAGUCCUUUUGAAUGUAAUUCAAGACAUGGAAAAGGCCAGAGCCCUCAAUGAAGGGCGGAACUUCUACCGCACUGGCCAAGAUCUCAACAAUUGCAGCACUUGCCAGAACACUGCAUGUAUCAUUUACAGUGUAGAACAUGACUUCAGACAGCAAGAAGGCAGGUUUCACCAAGUUCUGAAAACACUGGAUGAAGUGGAACAAAGUCCUCCCCUAGUUUCUCUACAGAGACAGCCAUCUGACCGCCCACCCCCUGAGAAGCAGGAACUGAGAAGAAAGACAAAAAAGAAGAAAUGCUUCUGGUGGAUUUGA